AUGUUAGCACCGAGAGGAGCCAUUGCGGCCGAGGGCGAUGUCGCUCUACUCUUCCGCGGGCAUCUCAACAUCACCCCGCUAAUACUACAACAGGGGGCUAUACUCCACUGCAAGGAGGGAAAGUUUCGCCAUGAUGACAUUAUUGGACGGCCGUACGGUACCCGUGUUGUGGGCCGCAGCAAUAUUAAAGAUGAUACACGCCCCGCUCCCAGCAUGCUUGUACUGCAAAACAGUUCAGACCUGUGGACACAGGCAGUUCCACAUCGUACACAGAUUAUUUACGACACCGAUAUUGCCGUAAUUGUGUUUAAUCUGCGUUUGGGCCCGGGUUGUCGCGUUGCCGAAGCGGGUACUGGCAGUGGUUCCCUCACACAUGCGCUUGCCAAGGCAGUUGCUCCCAAUGGCAUUGUUUACACAUUUGACUUCCAUAAGGGACGAUGUCUGGAGGCGCGACAGGAGUUUCUUCGCAAUGGAUUACCAUCAUCACUGGUGGCAUGCAAUUGGCGAGAUGUUUGCACUACUGCGUGUGAUGAUAACUCUAUCAUUGCUGGUAUUGAUAGUAAAGCAGUGGAAGAAGAUGUAAAUGCGUAUGAUAACCCCAAAAGCGGUUUUGGACUUCCACAACAUCAUGUGGAUGCCGUCUUUUUGGAUCUUCCCGCACCUUGGCAGGCAAUUGAGAAUGUCUUGCAUGUUCUUCGUCCAGGAGGUAUGUUGUGUACCUUUUCACCAUGUAUUGAGCAAUCGCAAAGGACGGCGGAACGAUUACGACAAGAACCAUUUGAGUUUAUUGAUAUUCGCACCGUGGAAGCGCUGACAAAGUACUUGAAACCCAUACAUAAACGUGCUCGUGAGGAUGAUCCACAGUCAUUACGCUUUAAAUUUCGACCGGCUUUGGUAUCGAAAGGACAUAGUGCGUAUCUUACCUUCGCAAGACGACGCCUAGAUAGGAUUCCUGAUCUCGAUACAGAUGAAACUGAACGAAACGAUGGAAGUCCUUCCUAUGGAGAAAACGAAAAGACGGUGGAGAAAUGA